AAGGAGCCCGCGGGGGAGCCGCUCGUGUCACCUCUUAGGCACCCAGCAGCUGGUCCCCGGGCGGUGGGAGAGGGCAGAGGCAGGUAGUGCGACCUGUGACGCCAAGGAACGAGGGACUGCGGCCGACUCGGAGUGUUGUGGCGGUGCUGCUUGCUGCGAGCACAGCAAACGACGCCGGUGCUCCUCGCCACUGAUUCAUGAAAUACAGCAGCUUUGGACAGCAGCUGGCAGAUGUGGUUCUUCCGUUGUCCCGUGUCAGUGAAGCUGAAGGAACAUGCAGAUGCAUUACUCUGCUCUGUUGAGAAACCCAUGUCUCAGUGGCAGUGCUGUGACUGUCCCAGAAACACUGCUCUUCGUCUCCACUCUUGAUGGAAACCUUCAUGCUGUGAGUAAGAGUACGGGUGACAUCAAGUGGACCCUGAAGGAUGAUCCUAUUCUGCAGGUGCCAGUUUAUGUUGCAGAACCGGCGUUUCUUCCGGACCCCAAUGAUGGCAGCCUGUACAUCCUGGGAGGAAAAAACAAAGAAGGCCUGAUGAAGCUGCCGUUCACCAUCCCAGAGCUGGUCCAGUCCUCGCCGUGUCGCAGUUCGGACGGUGUCCUCUACACAGGGAAGAAGCUGGACACCUGGUUCAUCGUGGACCCCAAGUCAGGAGAGAAGCAGACCACUCUCUCAACAGAGGCCUGGGACGGCCUGUGCCCUUCAAGUCCCCUGCUCUACAUCGGCCGGACCCAGUACGUCAUCACCAUGUACGACACCAAGUCGCGGGAGCUGCGCUGGAACGCUACCUACUCGGGUUACUCAGCCCCGCUCUGCGAGGAGUCGUACCGCUACAAAAUGGCACACUUUGCCUCAAGCGGAGAUGGCCUGGUGGUGACGUUGGACAAGGAAAGCGGGGAGGUCCUGUGGGCGCAGAACUAUGGCUCUCCCGUCGUGGGCAUCUACGUGUGGCAUCAAGACAGCCUCCGCCGCGUCCCCCACCUCAACGUGGCCAUGGAGACGCUGCGCUACCUGACCUUCCACUCUCAGGACAUCCGCCUCAUCAAGUGGAACUACCAGUCAAUGAAGGACUUCACCGCCACCAAGACCCAGCUGCUGCCAACGCUCUAUGUGGGGAAGUAUGCAGCCAGCUUCUACGCCUUGACCUCCCUGGUCCAUGACAGUGUGGCUCUGGUGCCGCGGGGGAUCACGCUGGCUAGGAUUGAUGGCCCGACUACGGAUGAUGUGACGAUGAGAGAGUCCGGCGAGUGUGAGAUCACACCCAGCACAGAUGUCAAGUACCCCCAGGGCAGCAUCACUUCACUCCACAACCAGUGGCUCCUAAUAGGGCACCAUGAGCUGCCUCCUGUGGUCCACACGACAAUGCUAAGAGCCUUUCCAGAGAACCUGAGGAAGACAACAGAAACCAUAAUUCCCAAGAGUUCUGCCAGGGCUGUGUUUGAUGACUAUCUGACCACAAGCAGCGUGGAAGACCCGGCUAUGAGGAGCAACGACAGGCAGUUUCAGUCGGAUUCCACCCAGGGAGAGCAAGUGGACGUCUACCCAGAGUCCAGCAGCUGGGACAUCAUGAUGGCAGGAGUCUGCGCAGUCCUGCUGGGUGGGGGGAUCCUGUUCCUCGUUCUGACGAAACUGCAAAAGCAACACGAGGCACAGCAACAGCAGCUGGAGAAGCAAAUUCAGCUCUUACAGCAGCAACAGGAGAUGCUGUUCCCAGGUCGGGUCUCUGGAGAGAGUGUCCCUGCAGACCCCGAGGAGCUGGCUGUGACCCAGGGAAGUGCUUCACAGCUGUCACAGGGCUCUGGCCCAUCCUCCUACCUGAAGGACCUGCUUAAUGGGGUGGUCAGCCAGGGUCCAGCUGUCCGGGGGGCUGCUGAAGAUGCAGGACCAGAUGUGAUUGUGAUUGGGAAAAUUUCUUUCAACCCCAAGGAUGUGCUGGGCCAUGGAGCUGGAGGAACCUUUGUCUUCAGGGGACAGUUUGAUGGCCGGAACGUGGCUGUUAAGCGCCUUCUGCCCGAGUGUUUCCAUCUUGUGGACCGCGAGGUCCAGCUGCUCCGGGAGUCGGAUGAGCACCCCCAUGUCGUACGAUAUUUCUGCACCGAGAAGGACAAGCAAUUCCAUUAUAUCGCCAUUGAGCUCUGCUCUGCCACGUUGCAGGAGUACGUGGAGAGCCCUGGCUUCAAUCGUCGGAGCCUGGAUCCGGUGUCUCUCCUGCAUCAGACCACGUCAGGCCUGGCACACCUGCACUCGCUCAACAUUGUUCAUCGUGACCUGAAACCCUGCAAUAUCCUCAUCUCCGUCCCAAAUAGCCGUGGGCAGAUCCGAGCCGUUAUCUCUGACUUUGGCCUGUGCAAGAAGCUUCAUGGGGGACGACACAGCUUCAGCCUCCACUCUGGGAUUCCUGGCACUGAGGGAUGGAUUGCACCUGAGUUGCUGCAGGAGGCCCCGAAGGAAAACCCUACAUGUGCCGUGGACAUCUUCUCGGCCGGGUGUGUCUUCUACUACGUGGUGUCAGGAGGAAAGCAUCCGUUUGGGGACAGCUUACGGCGACAGGCCAACAUACUGUCAGGCACUUACCAGCUGGCCUGUCUGCAGGAGGAUGCUCAUGACAAGGUUGUUGCAAGAGAGCUGAUUGCAGCGAUGAUCAGCGGUGAGCCCCAGAAGCGGCCCUCAGCCCCGGCGGUCCUUAUGCACCCCUUCUUCUGGAGUCAGGAGAGGCAGCUGCAGUUCUUCCAGGACGUCAGCGACCGCAUCGAGAAGGAGCCCGCCGAGGGGCCCAUCGUCUCGGCCCUGGAGGCAGGGGCGCGGGCGGUCGUGCGGGUGAACUGGCGAAUGCACAUCUCCCUCCCGCUGCAGACAGACCUGAGGAGGUUCCGGACGUACAAGGGCAGCUCGGUGCGCGACCUCCUGAGGGCCAUGAGGAACAAGAAGCAUCACUACCACGAGCUGCCCGUGGACGUGCAGGAGGCCCUGGGGUCGGUCCCCGACGGCUUCGUUCGGUACUUCACCUCUCGCUUCCCCCAGCUGCUGCUCCACACGCACAGAGCCAUGCGGGUCUGCGCCCGCGAGCGGCUCUUCCGCUCCUACUACUGCCCGGAGUCGGGGGACGACGGGCGCUGAGCGGGACGCCGCGCCGGGGAGAGCGCUCGCACUCAGAGGCUGCUGCAGCCGCCCGGGGCCUGGGCAUCGCAGGGGUCCCCGCGGGAUGGGGUCAGCCCGUGCGUGGCUCCCGUUUAGCCUGUUAAAGCAGAGGCUUCUGGAGCACUUUCCCUUCCAGGCUCACGUUGGCAGGAAUUAGCUAGAGCUUCGGCUGCCUUGUCUGCUGCCCUGGCGGGGACGAGAGCCCCUCGCUCCCUGACCUGCCCGUGUCUGUAGACACUUGCACCAGCUCUUGGGGAAGGUCUCUGCCCCCGGGAGCUCUCUUUGGGGCCUGCGUGUGGCUCUCGGGGAGCCCGUGUACCCGUUUUGGGGAAAACAGGAACUCUGGACUGGGGCAGUGUCUUCUGAGACAAAACUGCCGCUGUCCGUGACACUCGCGGUACAUCAGCUCUUCCCGUGCUGUGCAGACUGCCGGUACCAGUGCAAUCGCUGGAGCACGGGGCAAACCCGGCACUUGCCAGCCCUUCAGCAGCCCAGUGCUGUAACUAGUCCUCUGGGCUCCCUGGCUUCUCUCUUCCCUGCGUACAGCAGCGAGCCGCUGAGCAGGCCGGGGUGACGCGGGCACGCAGGACUGGGAGUGAUUGCCCAGUGUGCCCCACAGUUACGGGAAGCACAGUCCAAAAGAAGUGAUCGUAGUUUGCAGUUGGACUGUUUCAUUUUGGCUCUCCUGAACCCAGGAGCAGCCAUCUGGGCCUCUGCCUUUGCAGGCUCUUGUUCAAAUUCAGUAGCCUUAAGGCCCUGCCUUGUGUCUGAGAAUUAAGAAAAAAAAAAAAAAAAAAAAAAAAAAAAAAAAAAAAAACCUCUGCCACAGACAUGGUGUUCUGAAAAGUCGGGGGAAAAAAAAAAAAAAUCUCAGACUGUUGCAGUUUUCUUGAGAAUAGCUGAAUGACUGUUGCAGCUUGAAUGCUGGGCUGAUGCCUGGAACCUGCUGACUGUUCCUCAGGAGAUGCAGCGAGCUUUGGUCCUGUGGUUCCCUCCCAUGCCACAUUCCUGUGGAAGGUGUGAUUUGAUUGUGUGUUUAAUAUGCAAAUGCUAAUGGAAGCACUAUUAUGAUAGUUUUGACACUGGAUAUGGCACUUCAUCCCAGCUGGGGGGGGGGGGGGGUGGUGCUGAGGCAAAUUGGGUCAGCUUUUAGCAUCCAGCCUUAGGGCUUUGGACCUGCUAUUUGCAUCUGCCUCUGCUUGCAUCAGGCCUGCUAAUGGCAAAGUGCAGCCAGCCCUGGAGGCAGGCGCUGGGCUUUCCAGUGCAAUCCCAAUAACAAAGCCUUUUUUUUUUUUUUUUUUUUUUUUCCUAAUCUCAAAUGGGCUGAGAAAAAGGAUUUCACCCUUUCACCCAUGCAGCUGGAGCCAGCACACUGGGCAGAGAGGGGGAAAUGCUUCUGUGCAAAGGCAGGACACGAGCCCAGGCAUUCGCUCAGGUCGAUGCCUUACCCUGAAGGCUGCACCAUGCACCUGAGAGCAGCACUGCCUUCCGACAGAGACAGUUGCCACAGAUGCAAGAGUGAGGAGGCAGCCUCAGGCCCCCUGCACCACGCUACCUCUCAGCUGCUGUAGCUGACCCUGCCUGACCGCCCCUUUGCAAUACUUCUCUCUGCAGUAGCAAUCAUUUUGUAGAGUCUUGAUUCCACUUUGUGCUGGGGUAUGGGGUUCUGUUACACUGGCAACAGCCAGUUUGUAUGUGGUUUGUUCUGUAUGGUCUACAACAUUUUAUAUAAAAUGGUUAAAAAAAUAGAAAUAAAUAAAACUAAGUGAUCUUG